ACCGGACUGACUGAAUCGCACAGUCUUUCUUCACACUCCAAGGAGUAUUGUUUCAUCAUAUGAAGUUUCGUCGGACUAGGUCUUUAAUUGAUAAUAUGAAUCUGCUCGUUGUGUUGUUGGUUGUAACAACGGUUUUAAACUUUAUAAGAGCAGCCCCCAGCGUGGAUCUAAGUAAUGACGAAUUGAUGGAUGGGAAAUAUCUCUGUGAAGCCGGAUCAAAAAAAUAUGAUGGACCUUUUAUCGUAAGGUUAAUCGCCACCACGAACGGACAAACGGUCGUCUGCUAUGAGUGUACCCAGUCGGAUUUUAAAACCAAGUACAACAUUAAGUCUUGUGCGGAGCGAUUAGCACCAGGGAAGGUAGUGAGUAGCCACCAUAGGGAGGCAGUGCCAUACCUUAUUAGAAUGGAUCCCAUCUAUAACAAGGACAGCACCUGGGCCAGCAAACUCAAAAGGAACUUCGAUGAAAUUGACAAGGCUUCGGCCAGCUUCAGCAUACUGAACCAACUUGUCUAGUCUAGUGAUAUCAUUUUAGGCGCUUGUAAAUGCUCACGGCUACGAACGAAUGCACGAAUUGAUACAGAUACUCCAAUUAUGCUUCAUGUAAAGGGAUUAUAGCCAAAUAAACGAAAUGCACCUAUUAUAAAUAAAACGAAUAUGAUUGUUA